AUGAGGGCAGGUGACGUGCGUCUGGACCCGGGAGCCGGGCCGCCCGGGGUUGAGGUGUCGGUGCGUGUGGCACUUGAGCCUUCUUGGCGGGGUGUGGUGGUACAGGCCGGGGCCCCCCCCGGCCCCCAGCACGGAGCCCUGGAGGCCGGGCGGCCAGGCCGGGAGGAGGCUGACAGCGGAGAAGGAGUGAACGUCGGCAUCCUCGUCGCCGUGACCAGGGUCAUUUCACAGAUCAGCGCUGACAACUACAAGAUCCACGGGGACCCUAGUGCCUUCAAGUUGACGGCGAAAGCUGUGGCCGUGCUGCUGCCCAUCCUGGGAACCUCGUGGGUCUUCGGCGUGCUCGCUGUCAACAGCCAGGCCGUGGUCUUCCAGUACAUGUUUGCCGUUCUCAACUCCCUGCAGGGGUUUUUCAUCUUCCUUUUCCAUUGUCUCCUGAAUUCAGAGGUGAGGGCCGCCUUCAAGCACAAAACCAAGGUCUGGACCCUGACGAGUAGCUCCAACCGCAACGCUAACGCGAAGCCCUUCAGCUCUGACAUCAUGAACGGGACCCGGCCGGGCACAGUGUCCACCAGGCUCAGCCCCUGGGACAAGAGCAGCCAAUCUGCGCACCGUGUGGACCUGUCUACCGUGUGAGCAGGGAGGCUGCAGCCGCCGUCCUGCUGCUCAGAACACCCCCCGCGGACGAACCACGAGAAGCCCUCUGCCUUCACCACGAGACCCUCCUCUCCUCGCUGCUGUCUGGAUACGGGAGUCGUGGCCCCCGGGACAGGCUUCCUUGCCUCCCACCCGCCCCGUGUGACAGAGCCCACCGCCGGGCCCGCAGCCCUCCCGGCUCUGGUCCUCCUGUGGCCGAGCGACUGUCCCCCGGGGCACCUGCCGUGGGCGCACAGGCCCCAGGGCCUGCCGCACCAGGAGGGCGGGUUAGCCUGGGAGCCACGAUGGGGCCUUGGGACCAAAGGGGAGGGUCCCGCGGGGAGGCGGAAGCCCCCAGAGGGUCAGGCAGAGGCGGACGGGCGUGUGGGGAGCGUGAGAAAUGUCCUCGACCUGCUGAAUCAGCCGCAACAAGCUCCCAGGAGCCAGCGCCAGCUGAGGGGGGCCCCUCACGCUCCGGCCGUGCCGCCCCUGCCAGGCCUCUGCGGGGCCGGGGCUUUGGGCUGGGGUCUGGCCGCUCAGGCCCGGCCGCGGGCGAAGAGCCAGGUGGGCCGCUGCUGGGAGCGCUCCGGUCCCCCUCAAGGUCGGCCUUGACGUGGGCCGCGCCGUGAGCGCCCGAGGCUUCCCCGCGCCCGCGGCCCCCGGGAGCCGGCUGCCGGCCUGCGGUUGGCUUCCCGCGGUCCGGCUUCCCGGAGCUGCUUCCUGGUCACUCACAGACACCUGUCUGUGUUUAACGGGCAGACGCGGUGGUAGGCGGUGCGGCGGGUUCCGUGUUGCUGCGACGGCAACCACGCCUCGCCGCCCGCACGGCCACCCGAGCCACGGACCCGGGGACGGUGGCCUGACGGUGGCCGGGUCUUCCUGUUGAUGUUGCUUUGCAGACUGGGACUCGGCCCCGUAGGAGAUGGGAGCGACCCUUACUCCUCUACGCGCGGGCAGGGCCCUUGACCCUAGAUGUGAACCCAGACGCCACCGAAUAUUCGGAAGCAGGCUGUGACCGCUCCUACCGUGGCGUCAGCACUAAGUGUCUGUGAGACGCGUGGGUGAGAAGUUCAAACCCGUAGCUGAUACUGGAAAAUCUUCCCGUAAAACUGUGACCGUGGUAGCAUUAAGCCCUUCCCGCCCCAGGCGCCCACCGGGUCUCGGAGUGAAUUUUCUCCAUGGUUCUGUGGACCUUCUCCAUCUUGGUCGGGUGCCUUCCUCAUGCAACGCACCCCCGUCACGGUGGGCGCGGCAGUCACCCACAGGCGUCUCCUGCGUGGGGAGGGGCUGGACACAGAGCCACGUGUCGACCGCAGGGAAUCUUUGUUCUUCCGUCCCAGUGAGGCCCCGGGCACAGCAGCGACUCGGCACAGGGUGACGACGUCCGUUACCUUCUGUGCAGCCCCUGGGGACGGGCUGGGGUGUCGACCGCCACGGAGACCCCGUGUGUAGCGAGAAGUCCGAGCGUGCCCAGCCCCUGCCCAGGCUUCUCCUCGUGACUCCAGAAACCAGAUCGCUUGUAACUCACGGGCAUCCUUGUCAGGCCUGUGAGCACUAUCCUAAGGUCUACACGUGGGGUUUGGUUUCUUUUGUUUCUGGUGAAGCAAAUCAAGUAAGGAACCGUCUUCACUUUAGAUGGAUUUCUUUUGUUUUAAACUCAGCAUAUUCGCUCUACAUAGCUAAUCUGUCAAGGGAAGUAAUGAACAAAUUGUUAUUUCUAAUGAAGGAAAGCAGUGCACUUUAUUUAUAGGCU